AUGGGAAACAAGGUGGUGACUUUUACCGAAGAGCAGCUCGAGGAUUAUCAAGACUGCACGUAUUUCACGAGAAAGGAAAUUUUAAGAAUUCACAAGCGCUUCCGAGCUAUGGCCGAUCCUGGAAUGGUUCCGUGCAGCAUGACUCAAAAUGAAGCCGCGACCAUACGACUGCCGCUCGAUUACCUGUCGAGGAUACCCGAAUUGAAGGAAAACCCGUUCAGGGAACGAAUCGGCCGGGUGUUCGCGAGGAACAGCCUGGAGCAGGGCCUGGCGUCGUCGGGAGCCGAGGGAAUAUGCUUCGACGACUUCCUCGAGAUGAUGUCCGUGUUUUCGGAGCACGCGCCUCGCGACCUCAAAGUCUUCUACGCCUUCAAAAUUUACGAUUUCGACGAGGACGGUUUGCUCGGGAUGAGCGACUUGCAGGAGACGUGCCGGCAGCUGGUGCACGGGGGCCUGACCGACGAGGAGGUCGACGUCAUUUGCCAGAAAGUGCUGGAGGAGAGCGACAUAGACGGCGACGAGGCCCUCAAUCCCAUGGAGUUCGAGCACGUGGUCACCCGGGCCGCCGACUUUUUGUCCAACUUUCACAUACGCAUCUGAACACGAGGAACAAGGGACUCGAAAAUCCAGAAUCAAUAUAUUUUAUACCUAAUAUAUACCCACGUAGAAUCGAGUCGCACACGGACAAAACCGAUCUCUCCUCCUAUACAGUGGACGUAUCUUUUCUCUCUCCCAUCUCAUCGUUUGGACCGCGUCUAAUUCUCGCUCGGUCUCUCAUCUGUAUGUAAUCAUUCCAAAUGACUCGUGGAAAAUGUACAACAUAACGCAACGCCAGCGACGAUGCCUCAAGUCCUCUGU